UGUUCAUCACGUCCUACGGCAGCAGCAACACAAUCCAUCACACAAUAAUGACCGACAUUGCGAAGAUCGCAGGAGACCACAUCCUGAUAUACGAGGGUUACUAUAAACAGCUGGAUCCAAAAGAAACGAACGAGAUCGGUGCACUAGCGGCAGCCAAAUUCCUCAAAAAGUCUGGCCUUAGCGAUGUCGUGCUCAGCCGGAUCUGGGAUCUGUCCGAUCCAACCGGCAAGGGUUUUCUCACCAAGGAAGGCUUUUUCGUCUCACUCAAGCUGAUCGGUUUGGCACAGGAAGGUUCAGAUAUAAGCAUCAAAAACAUCUACAAUGUCCUUUCGAAACCUCCACGGGUGGGCGACUUACCAAAGCCACCGGCACAGGUUAAACUGCUUCCUGCCGAAAGUACAGACUGGUCGAUGAAACCGGAAAAGCGGCAACAGUACGAGCAACUGUUCGAUUCCCUCGGUCCCAUGAAUGGGUUGCUGCCGGGUGCGAAGGUUCGCAUUACGCUGCUAAACUCCAAGCUACCGAUGGACACACUCGGCCGUAUCUGGGAUUUAGCUGACCAGGAUCGGGACGGUAGCCUCGACAAGCAUGAAUUCUGUGUCGCCAUGCAUCUCGUGUACGAAGCGCUCGAUAAACGAGCCAUCCCUGCCGUUUUGCCUCCACAGCUACAGCGCAACUAUGGCGCACCAUCGAACGGUGCCGGAUUCGACGCGUUCGGUAAUGGAGCUGCCGAUGGCGGGGGUGGUUUUGUGGCCAACUUCCCGACAGACAUUGCACCACCACCGGUCGUACCGCCGCUUCCGGCUGCACUCGCACGACCACCGCCACCGAUGACGGGAGGUGGCGGCGCCGCACCGAUCAUUCCACCCGUACCGAUGGUACCGCUCGUGUCCGCACCGAUCGAGGUGACCAGCUGGGUUGUGUCACCGUUGGAGCGUUGCAAGUACGAAGAAAUCUUCAACAAGAGCGAUACCGAUCGGGACGGGCUUGUGUCGGGACUGGAGAUUAAGGACGUUUUCUUGCAGUCGGGCGUGGCACAGAAUAUGCUGGCCCACAUCUGGGCACUCUGUGACACGAACCAGUCGGGCAAGCUAAAGCUGGAAGAGUUCUGCCUUGCUAUGUGGUUCGUUGAUCGAGCCAAAAAGGGUAUUGAACCGCCGCAAGCAUUGGCCCCGAACAUGGUACCGCCCAGUUUGCGUAAGAGUUCGCUCAUUCAAGCGCAGGAACCAGCACAGCCAACCUACAGCAAUCCGGAGCUGGAAAUGAUAUCCAAAGAAAUAGACGAGCUUGCGAAGGAGCGUCGCCUGCUGGAGCAAGAAGUCGCCCAGAAGGAGGCUGAUGUGCGAAUCAAGAGCGGUGAACUGCGUAGUCUGCAGAGCGAAUUGGACACGUUAACGGCAACGCUGAAGCAGCUGGAAAACCAAAAAGGUGAAGCGCAGAAGCGCUUGGAUGAUCUUAAGAAUCAGCAAGUAGAUGUAGAUCAAGCCUUGCUAGAGGUAGCGUCCAGCAUUGACGAAGCUCGUCAACAGGUGACCAAAAUACGCGAACAGUGCCAGAAGCAGGAAGCCACGCUGAAGGAGCAGGAAGGUGAGCUGGACUCGCGUCGUUCCGAGCUGCAGAAGCUGAAAGACGAAGAGCAAUCGCUCGAGAAAGAGUACAAUUCCAGCACCAAAGAGGUCGACCGGUUGACGUCUCAGCUGCAGGAUACGCAGCUGGAGAUCAGCCAGGUGAAGGCCAUGGUUACUCAAAUACAGGAGUACCAGCGUCAGAUGACGGACGCACUGUCAAUGUUCCGUUCGGCGAUCGAAUCGAAUGAUCCGAUACUGGUGUCGGAUUAUUCGCUCAAGAUAGAGCCCGAGUUCCGCGAGGCUAAGCAAGCGCUGGAGGAGAAAGAGGUAGAAAAUGCGAACAAGCGCGACCCGUUCGGUGAUAAUAGAGCGAAUGGGUUUAGCGCGGGCGAGACGGAAACGGGCUUUGGGGAUGAUUUUAAGUCGAACGGUUUCACCACCCAGUUCGACGUUGGUUCGAAUGGAGGAUUUCACAGCACGGCGGGUGGAGGUUUCGGAGACGAUGGGUUCGGUGCGUUCGGUGCGAAGACGAAUGCUAGCGGUGGUGCUGGUGGUGCGGAUCCGUUCGCAUCAGCCGGUGCCGAUCCUUUCGGUGAACGGAAAGGGAGUGCUGCAGAGCCCGCCAAAGAUGAGUUCGGAUGCGAUCCAUUUGCCAUACUGCACGCACCGACCACUGCCGGUCACGCGCUGACACCUAGUCCCAGCAAAUCCGUUGCACCACCGCGGCCAGAAUCGCCAAGCCCAGCCCUGCCACCGAAGAAAGCGAAGCAACCACCACCGCGUCCGGCACCACCACGACCAAUGCAGGGCCCUACGCCUACCAAACCUGCACCACCGGCGUCGGAUGCAUUCGGUGAUAGUAGCGGCGGUGGCAGCUUUGCCAACUUUGCCGACUUCGACAAUAAGAAUCUCAAACCAGUAACUUCCCAAGCACAAGCGUCGUCAUCGUCGUCAGCUUUUGCCUCGAGUGGAAACGCUUUCGGCAGCAAUCGAUCUCUUACCGGUGGUAAUGUGUUCAACAUGGCACCCUCAACCGUACCGAUUACUAUCGAAGCGGCCACUCCACCUACAACGACGGCUCCGGCCAUUCCGGUUGCUCCGGCGUCACCCAUUCCGAACCUGUCCUCAGCGCCAACACCGACACCGGUCGUUGAUUUUGCAGACGAUCCGUUCAAGGACUAUCGGUACGAGGAUCCGUUUAACAUUGAGGAUCCUUUCGCCGAUACUGACACUAAUGUCACAUCUUCCGAAGAUCCUUUUGCAUCAACAGCCACCACCAAUGCGGCAAACAACAACCACAUUCAAUCGGACAAAUUCGAUGUCAAAUUCACCAAAACGUCCACCAACUCGUUGGAACAGCUGGACGACCUGUUCAAGGGUGUGCGAAUUUCCGGCGACGGUGCAAACGAUACAUCAAGCCUCAACAAUACCGUCAAUCGGCUUAACAACAAUAUUGCUGCUGUGCCGAGGACUGCCGCAGGAUCCGUUGGAACGACGAAACCAUUCACGCUCGAUCCGUUUGAUGCAUUUAAUGAUAACUUUUCAAAAAACACCAACCAAACCGAGGACUCGCUGUUCAGCGCAUUCGGUAGCAAGGAGGGUAGCGAUGCUACCGACGCCGGUCUGAUGAUGGAUCCGUUCCGCGCAACGGCAACCACGGUUCCAUCUACGACUUCCGCCUCAACGAUGAUGAUGAAAUCGUUCGAGGAUGAAUUUUCCAAAAUGGAUACGAGCAAUGUGUUGAACAACAAUAAUCUUACGAUUGGAUCUGGUUCCUUCUCUAGUGGGCCCGUAUUUGAUGCCAAGUUUGACGAUGCGUUCAGUGCAUUUAACACAACGACUGCUAGUACUGGUAGCGGUAGUAGUACCCGGUACGGUGGUGUUGGUUUCGUUGCCACACUACCACCACCGGCCAAGAGUUCGAAGCCAGCAUCUAACGGUCCGUUAACCGGUAGCCUUAAGCGACCGGAUGGUAGUGCCGAUCCGCCGAAGUUGGUUGAGCGGUUUAAUGCCGAUUACUCCAAGGGUGAAUCAUUUGAUGCUGAUAUGCAGGCGGUCCUACAGCGGUCACUGGUCGAGAAAUGAUC